AUGGGAAGAUGGUCGAUUAAUAGCGACAACAAAAGUAAACAAAUCAAUAUUGAUGAAUUGUGGGACAAUGGAGGAUGGACGAUUGUUUAUUUUGGAGGAGAAACCGUUUCUAUUUGUGGGAAACUCUCUGGACUUGAUAAAGUGAAAUCAGGGAAACUGUAA